AUGAAGCGCCUGCUCACCAAGUUGCAGGAGAAUGCUGGCCAGCUCACUAAGGAGGAAUUGGACGACCUCAAGCAACAAGUCGACGAGGCCCUGAAAGCGUUCAGCAAGGAGCACGCUCACUUCGAGGUGGUCUGGCCCUCCUCAAUGACAGAUCACCCCUAUUUUUCUGAAGAGCUCCAUGAGAAAAUGCAGGACGCUCACUCCGACGCCAAGUCUCUGAUCGCCAAGGAGAGGGCCAGGCUCACGGCUCAACGACCGGAUCAACAGCCUGAUCAGCCCAGCAAAACGCCAGCUCAAUCUAAGUUGCCGGAUAUUGCACUGCCUAAGUUCAAUGGCAGUUACACCGACUGGCCCUCAUUUAUUGAUCUGUUCACCUCAGUCGUGAUCAACCGAGAGGACUUGGACGACGUCCAGAAAUUUUAUUACCUCAAGGGAUGCCUGCGAGGAGAGCCGCUCAAGAUCAUAUCGAACCUAUCGCUCACCGGAUCAUCGCUCAAUUCAGCCAUCGCCCAGCUCAAGAGCCGCUAUGAGAACAAGCGCCGGCUCAUCCAAGCGCACUUAGAUCAACUGGCGUCGCUACCUGCUGGACCGCCGACCAUGGCAGCCGAGCAAGCAAAGAGCCUGAGCCAGCUCAUCUCAACAGCGCUGGAAACGAGAAACGCGGUGCUCAAUUUGGUGGAUGCGAGAACACUGGGCGACUGUAUGCUGGUGCAUCAGGUUAGCCGCAAGCUGGACCGCACGACCAAGGAGAGGUGGGAGUCGUCGCUGGGGGCGACGACUGAGUUCCCAAGGUUCGACGCGCUGGUGGAAUUCGUCACCGCCCGUGUGAGGACCUUGUAG